UCAAAAAGCUUCCAUCCACCGCCGCUUCCUGCUCACGGGAAAACUGCUCAGACUCCUUUACGUUCAUUUCUUUAUAAAUCCAUCUGUCCCAAAUAGCCCGGUUCGACAAUUAUUGUGCUGCAUUCUCCCUCGAUGGCCAAUGGUGAAGAGUCAAAGAAACCAGAGCGACAUCAGUUCCCCCUUGACCCUACCUCCUACAAGAUCCUUGAUGAGAUUGGGGUAGGAGUCAGCGCGGUGGUGUACAAGGCAGUGUGCUUGCCCAUGGACUCGGUGGUGGUCGCGAUCAAGUCGAUUGACCUUGAUCAGUCCCGCGCGGACUUUGACAGCGUCAGGCGGGAGGCCAAGACCAUGUCCCUCUUAUCCCACCCCAACAUCCUCAACGCUCACUGUUCCUUCACAGUGGGCCGCCGCCUCUGGGUUGUGAUGCCCUUCAUGUCUGCAGGGUCCUUGCAGUCGAUCGUGGCCUCUUCCUUCCCUGGCGGACUAUCAGAGCCGCCCAUUGCUGUGGUCCUAAGGGAUACUCUGUUGGCUCUCUCUUACCUGCACAAUCAAGGCCAUCUGCACAGAGACGUCAAAGCUGGUAACAUCCUUGUGGACUCAAAUGGGUCCGUUAAGUUGGCAGAUUUUGGGGUCUCAGCUUCCAUCUACGAGUCAAAUACGAGCCAAGGAUUCUCGUGCUCUUCUUCGUCGUCCCUUUUGAUGACUGAUGUUACUGGGACACUGUAUUGGAUGGCGCCAGAGGUGAUCCAUUCACACACCGGGUAUAGCUUCAAGGCCGAUAUAUGGUCCUUUGGGAUCACGGCCAUGGAACUGGCCCACGGUCGGCCCCCUCACUCUCACCUUUCCCCUUCGAAGUCCCUAUUUAUGAAGAUCACGAAGAGGUUCCGAUUCUCCGACUAUGAGAAGCUCAAGAAGGAUAGUAACAAGAAGUUCUCAAAGGCUUUCAAGGACAUGGUUGCUUCCUGUCUGGACCAAGACCCCUCGAGGAGGCCCAUGGCUGAUAAGCUCUUGAAGCAUCCCUUCUUCAAGAACUGCAAGGGUUCGGACUUCCUUGUAAAGAGCUUACUGCUCGGAUUGCCCAGUGUUGAAGAACGAUUCCGGCGGACCAAGUUCCUUCACUCUAUAUCCAUCCACAAGGGAGGUGAAGAGUGCGAAGAUGAUGAAGAAGCUGGCAUGAGGGUGAGAAGAAUCAGCGGGUGGAAUUUCAAUGAGGACAUGCUCGAAUUCGAUCCGGUAUUCCCCAUCGAAUGUGCCCAAGAUGACUCAACGACCAAGCCCACUCGACUCACUGAGGAAUCAAUAUUGAAAGAGAAAGCAGCCGAGUUCGGGGUUGAGUCGGGUGUGUCAUCUUGUGGAGGCACGGACGAAUCGAGCCUGAGCUCACCCGCUGCCCAAGUGGCAGGGGACGACCAGAGCCAGGGAGCCGGAGCUCAGGGACUCGAUAGGGAGGCAAUGAUCGGGACCUUGGUGGUGCUAAAAAGGAGCUUGGAGGAUGAGAUUCAGAAGGUGAAUUAUCUGAUUGGGCUGUUAGGGUUAGGGUUAGGGCUUGGAGGGGAGGGAAGAUCAAGCAUGGAGGCAGGCAGCAGCACUAGCAGCAAGGAGGAGCAGCUGGUUAUGGUGAUUGAAAGGCUGAGGGCUGAGUUGGAGAUGGAGAGGAAGAGGAACUUGGACUUGGAAGUUCAAAUGGAGUCUCUUCGGCGCCAAAUUCCAAAAAAUUAGAAAACUAGCUAGGGUUGGGGUCGCGUGUCCGAUGGAGCAGCAGUGCUUGUGAGCUACUCAAUCUCGGGUUUCGACUAUGUCAAGAGUUUAAACCAAUUGCUAACAAUGUCAUAAUCUCUAUUUAUUUUGAAUAUAAGCAUUCCUACUUGAACUAGGAUCCGGGCAUGAUGCCCUCGAUUAAAUCUCGAGCUGAUAGCAGAUGCUCACAGUUAUGUAUACAUAGAUAAGCUCAAUCAAGAUGACAGUUUGUUGUAAGUACAGAGUGUGAUAUCGAAUUAUGGAAGUUCCAACCAUAUUCCGAAAUUGCAAA